AUGGAAAUCUCACCUUCAUCAACUUGUUUGCAAUACCAGUUUAGGUCUGUCAGCUUGCCAUCUAGACUGCAACACCCCCAGAAUACCAAAGUUGAAGCUGAACUAACCAAGCUUAAGAUCUGGCAAAGUUCUUUAGAUUCCUCCGCGGUUCCUACAAGUGGAGAGACUAUUAGAACGGGCUUAGUUGGGCUCGCGGAGUUGUACAAUUGUGUCGAAGAACUAAUCAACUCUCCGAUCACCCAACAAGCCCUCGUCCAACAUCGGAAGGGAGCACUAGUGGAAGAAGCUCUCGAGGGGUCAAUCGGGUUGCUUGAUUCGUGCAAUGUGGCACGAGACUUGUCGGUGAUGGUGAAACAAAACGUGCAAGAUCUGCAGUCAGUUUUGAGAAGAAAGGGUGGGGAUUUAACCAUUGAGAGGAACAUUAGAGGCUAUAAUUCCUCCAAAAAGAAGGCGAAGAAGGAGUCCGCGAAAUGCCUCAGAGCAUUGAAGAAAAUGGAAAACCAAAUCCAGUCGCGUUCCCUCUCUGAUGUGAUGAAUUACUCCUUAUCAAAUUUGGUUAGAGUGUUGAGAGAAGUUAGUAUUGUUACGAUCUCUGUCCUGGAAUCGUACUUCUUGUUCUUGUCUGUGCCGGAUUCAAGGACAAGACCGGGUGGAUGGUCGCUGAUCAAGAAGUUAGUGGUUACAAGGCCAAGAGGGCACAAGAUUGUCAAUGAAUUUGGAAGUGUUGACGUCGCUUUGCAAUCAAUGCACGGAUGCAUUCGAAACAACAUUCCGAAUAUCGAUGUACAAAUAACAAGAAGGAGAUUAGAUGCUCUGGCGGAUAGCAUGGAAGGACUUGAAACCGGAUUAGAUUGCCUAUACAGGAAACUAAUCCGGAAUCGAGUUUCCCUUCUUAACAUUCUAGCUCACUAG